AUGUUGUGUUUCAGUGGGAACUGGCUGAGGCCAACGGGAUGUUUACAAAGGUUUUGCAGUCUUUCUCUGUGGCAGACACAUCCAGGAUCACCACUGUCCACUCAAUCUUCACACCACUUUCAAUCCAUAAAUCCAACUUCUCCUCCAUCCCUCCCUCAGGACAAAUCUAAUGAAACGCAAAAGGCCCCCUCCUCUUGGACUGUGGACCAGGGCCCUCCCCCAGCCCCCACCCACUGCUGCAUGAGCGGGUGUUAUAACUGCGUGUGGAUCGAACACGCUGAGCAGCUCCUGAAGUACUACCACGACGGAGGAGACAGCGCCCUCACCGCCAUCGAGGAAAACGUCCAGGAUGAAAACCUCAAGACUUACCUCAAAAUGGAAAUAAGACUCUUGAAAAAGACGUGA